AUUUUGACGUUUGCUAUUUAAUAAACAUUUUUCAGUGCAAUUUUAUUUUCCACAACUUCAUUCCGAUUUAUUCUUGUGCAUAUUCUACAACAAUAUGCUAAAAAUAACAAACAAAUUUUCAUAAAUACAUACAUAUAGUUGUGAAUGUACGCUAUAUUUUGCAUCGUUUGCAAAAAACAAUCAUUCCCUGACGUCAAUUAACAGCUGAGCGAAAACUGGUGCGAAGUGGAAUUCUAUUAAAAAUAUAUUUUUUAUGUAUCGAAGCUCAACAUCUAUUGAACAUUGCAUAUAUUUGUAGGCAACAGUAAAAAUAAAAAUAAGCCGGAGAUGCUAAAAUUUGCAGGACAAGGCAUUACGCCGCGCAUAGUUGCUAGCUUGGCAGGUAUCACACAAAGUAGUUGCCAAAAUGUUGUUCCGGGGGUCAGUACGGCGUUGCAAAAGUUCAUAUCGCAAAACCACUCUUAUAACCGUAAAGUGGAUGUCAAGGACCACUACGAAUUUGAUCAAAAGGUAAUAAACAAUGACAAUCCGGUUGUUGUAAACUUUCACGCAGAAUGGUGUGAUCCAUGCAAAAUACUUACACCAAAAAUGAGCGAACUCUUAGAUGAUUCUGAAGAGAUCGAUUUGGCUACCAUAGAUGUGGAUACAAAUUCUGAAUUAGUGGAGACCUUUGAAGUAAAAGCCGUGCCUGCUGUACUGGCGUUCCGUAAUGGCGUCGUGGUUGAUAAAUUCAUUGGACUAGUGGAUGCAAAUAGUAUAGAAAGUCUAAUCAACAAGUUGAAACGCAAGAAACAACAAGCCGAAGAAGCUGCCGGGAGUUCGAAAAAUGAAUAAGUUACCUAAUGAUGCUUAGUCUAAAAAAGUUACUUUCACUAAUAUUACAAGCGUUCUGGAUAAGUGGCAAACAACGACAUGAAAGAAUAAUUUGUGUAUUUCGUAUGUAAGUUUUUAUUUACACAUUGUAUUUUUCGGGUAGACUUAGUAUACAAUUUUACACUCAUCACUAUGAGCAUUGUAUUUUCUCUUAAUUAUUUUGACGUACAUACGUAAUACGAUUUUAUAAUAAUAUGCGAUAUUAACAUAUAAAAUAUAAACAAAUAAGAUGUUACAAUAUUAUACCCGACAACACAAACGGACAAAGAUAUUUUGUGUAAUAUUUCGAUUAUUAAUUGAAUUUAUUCAGCUGUUCGUUAACAAUACUGCAAUUUGGAAAACGCUUAAAUUCUUCAACUCUUCUUCUCAAUACAUACUAUAAAGGAAUAAAAAAUGAAAUUGUUAGUGUAUAAGAAAUAACUCAUUAAUUUUAUCUGGUUCGCAACAUAAAAGCCUUUUGAAACGUU